UCCUAAUUAAAAUGUCAACAACAGUGGAUGGAAGAUUGUUCGAGGCUUCUCGGACAGGGAACGUCGACCACCUGCUCCAGUUGAUCAGAGACGACCCCCUUGCGCUCGAAGCUCUUGCACUGUCAUCUGGAGAGACUCCUCUGCACAUAGCUGCAAUGGCCGGCCACCUUGACUUUGUUAAGAUGAUGAUUGGUUUGAAGCCAGAGUUUGCCAAAGAAGUUAACCAAGAUGGGCUCAGCCCUCUGCACAUGGCUUCGGCAAACGGGAACUUAGAGAUUGUGAGGGAGCUCUUGAAACUAGGCCCUGAGCUUUGCCGUAUCAAGGGCAAAGAUAGAAGAGUUUCUCUUCACCAUGCAGCCAUGAAAGGGAGAGUUGAUGUCAUAGCAGAAUUGCUCUCGGCCUGCACUGAAUCUCUGGGUGAUGUGAGCGUUCUUGGGGAGACUGCUCUUCACCUGUCAGUGAAGAAUCACCAGUUCGAAGCAUUCAAAGUGCUGGUUGAAGGGAUCAAACACCUCAACAAGGAAUAUCUCUUAAACAGGAAAGACAAGCAUGGAAACACUGUAUUGCACUUAGCAACAUACAGUAAACAACUCGAGAUUAUGCAUAUGGGAUAUUCUCUUUUUUAUAUGCUUUUUUCUUCUUGUGCAUCAUUAUUGUGUGUGUGCUCUAUUGGGAAGCAGGUGAUAGAGCUGUUAUUUAGCACCUUUGACAGUGGGACAGUAGAAGUAAAUGCUACAAAUGAGACUGGCCUUACAGCCCUAGAUCUCUUGGUUAGUUUUCMAAGUGAAGCAGGUGAUAGAGAAAUUCUGGAGAUCCUUCAAUCUGCUGGAGCCAAGAGAGCUCGUGAUGGCACCUCCCCUCAUUCACCAAUGAAUAAUAUUGAUGAACAGGUUAUCAUCGAUCGUCCAACCACAUCACAGACGACACAGAGGACUCAAUGUCCAAUGGACCGAUUGGUAGAGUUCUUCAAGUUUCAGAGGGGCAGAGAUCCGCCGAGCGACGCCCGUARUGCACUGUUGGUGAUAGCAAUACUCAUAGCAACAACAACCUACCAAGCUGUGCUCAGCCCUCCCGGCGGUCUGUGGCAGGACAGCACUGCACCAGAUGGUAAUUACACCAUGAAAGCACACACUGCAGGGAAAUCCAUCUUGGGUUCCGUUGAUCUCAUCUCCUUUGGUCUAUUUGUGUUCUCCAACUCGGCGGGGUUCUUUCUAUCUCUUUUCAUGAUCAAUAUUCUCACAAGUGGAUUUCCUCUGCAGCUGGAGCUGCAAAUCUCCUUGAUAGCGAUGAUGCUYACGUAUGAUACCGCUAUGGGUGCUAUCAUCCCGAAUGGUAGAAUGAAAACUCUCUUCAUUAUAAUUUCCUCAGUUCUUCCUACGGCAAUACCUUGUGUAGCCAAGUUGGUGAGAGUUUUGAUACAUCGUUCCAAGUGUAGAAUGACACAAUGGAGAAUAUUUCAACGUCAUUAAUUACAGCUUGACCGUUGAUAUGGAAUUAAACACAGGAAAUCUCUC